CCACUAGAAGUCCUCGGCCUCGGUGUGUGGCGUGCUGGCGUGCUUGGAUAAUCUCGGAGAUGUUCGGGGUGCUGCUGGCCCGCGCCUCCCGUGCCCGCACCACCCGCACCGGCUGCCGUGACCGCUGCAGCGAGGCGGAGGCGGCGAGCUUUGGAGCGCCCCCUCCGCUGCCCCCACCCCCUCCCUCCUCUCGCCGGCACAUCAAAGGCGCCGCCAAAGGAAGCGUGCGGCACGGAGAGGGAGGAGAGGCGAGGGGGGCUGCGGAUCAGUCGCGUUCAGGUGGAGGCCCAUCACAGAGCAGAGCAGAGGCCCGCCAGUGCGGCCCCGCGCCCCGGCCCGACAGGACAUGAGCCUCGCCAGGUGACACGAGCGCCGUCUUCCAGCUCUCCGAAAUGGCGGUCCUGCCGCUGCUGCAGCUGCUGCUGCUGGCCCUGGGGACGGUCGUCGCGGCGCCCGAGCUGCGCGAGGAGAACGCCGUGCUGCCGCCGGCCCCCACGGCCCCGCCGCCCGGCCCCGGCCUGCGGGCCGCGCCGCUCGCCGACGUGCAGGCCAUGAUGAUGGAGGCCGUGAGCUGCAGCCCGCAGGACGAGGAGCGCGCCCUGAGGCGCCAGUUCCUGACCAACGCCAGCGUCACCUGCAACGACGGAUCACCGGCCGGGUUCUACGUGCGCAGGUCGGCGGGCAGCCGGCGCUGGGUCGUGCUGCUGGAGGGCGGCUGGUACUGCCACGACACGCGGAGCUGCCACCACCGCUGGCAGCGGCUGCGGCACCUCAUGACCUCCAGGCUGUGGCCCGAGCAGCGCAACGUGGGCGGAAUCCUGUCCCCGGUGCCCGAGGAGAACCCGUACAGCUGGAACGCUAACCACGUGCUGGUGCCCUACUGCUCGAGCGACUCCUGGAGCGGCUCCUCCCCCGCGCCCACCCCCGGGGAGACCUUCAGCUUCAUGGGCGCGCUCAUCGUGCAGGAGGUGGUGCGGGACCUGGCCGCCAACGGCUGGCUGUCCAACGACUCGCACGUCCUGCUCGCCGGCACCAGCGCGGGCGGCACGGGCGUCAUGCUGAACGUGGACGCCGUGCAGGAGCUGGUGCGCGCGCUGGGGCUGCCGCGGGUCUCGGUGCGCGGGCUGGUGGACUCGGGCUGGUUCCUGGACCGGCCGCCCUUCUCGCCCGUGCCGGGGCGCGCGCUGACGGCCGCGGGCGCGCUGCGCCAGGGCAUGGCGCUGUGGCGCGCCCGCGUGCCCGCGCCCUGCGCCGCGCGCCACCGCACCGACCCCUGGAGGUGCUACUUCGGCUACCGGCUCUACCCGACGGUCAAAGCGCCGCUCUUUCUCUUCCAGUGGCUGUUCGACGAGGCGCAGAUGACCGCGGACAACGUGGGCGCCCCGGUGUCCAAGCAGCAGUGGGACUUCAUCCACGAGAUGGGCGACAGCUUCAGGACAACCUUCAGCAACGUGUCGGCCGUGUUCGCCCCGGCCUGCAUCGCGCACACCGUGCUGACCAAGCGCGACUGGGCGGCCGUCCGCGUCGGCCGCGUCUCCCUGCCAUCUGCCCUGCGCUGCUGGGACAACAGACUGUCCGCCGACUCCCCGAUGGAUCACUCCGAGAGGAAGCGGGGCGGCGGCCGCAAGCACAAGAAGGGAGAAGGUGGCAGCCGCGUGACCUGUCCCACCAGACACGUGGAGAUGUGCUCCUGGCCCCAGUGCAACCACUCCUGCCCCAAGCUGCACAACCCCUUCACAGGAGAGGAGAUGAACUUCAUCGCCGUGCUCAAGUCCUUCGGUCUGGACAUGUUAAGUGUAGCCAACGCCUUGGGGAUCGACAUUCACACCCUGAAUAACAUGGACCCAGAGGAGUUGCUGCAGCUGCUCACGGCGAGCUUGCUGCAGCAGGUGAUGGCGGCGAGCCCCCGCGAGCGCCAGGAGGCCCCGCGGCCCGAGCCCCCUGCGGCCUCCGAGGAGAGCGCGGAGGCGGACCCCUGUCGCGCGCUGCUCUACGUGUCCGUGUCCCCGCUCCGGGGCCGCGGCCGCCCCGAGCGCCUCGCCGAAGUCAACUGGGACUUCAGGGACUGCGACGUGCGGCCCGCCCGGGCCGUGCUCUUCGACCACGACGCACUCAACGUGCCGCCCAAGACCGCCGACAAGCUGGCCAUCCGCUGGAGCGAUAGCCUGGCUGGGGCGGCGGGCCGCCUCGUCACCAACUACAGCGUGCCCCGGCAGCUCCCGGGGGGCUGGGACCGCGACAGCGCCGCCAGCGCCACCCCCGAGGAGCCCGAGUACUGCUUCGACUUCAGGGUCGCUCUGCUGGACGAGCAGGGCGCGCUCAUCAGUUCCGAGUGCCUGCGGAUCCGACCCCGAUGGAUGAGGCAGCUGUUCGAGUCUGGGGGCGACAACCUGGCGCUGCCGGAGCUGAUGCUGCCCGGGACGCACAACUCGGGUAGCUUCCCCCGCGAGGGCGACGACAAGGACUCGCACCUGGUGCGCUACCUGCUCACGCAGGACCUGAACACGUACGAGCAGCUCGUGUGGGGGGUCCGCUACCUGGACCUGCGCGUCGGCCACUACCCCCAGGACAUGGGUGACCAGCAGAACGAGUCGCACCCCGACCACGGCGAGAGGUUCUGGGUGAACCACGACCUGGUGCGCGUGCAGCCGCUGCGGAGGGUGCUGCACGACGUGCGGAUCUUCCUGGACGCCGCGGUGGGCGAGGUCGUCAUCCUGGACUUUCACCGCUUCCCCGUCGGCUUCGGCGCGGAGGACAUGGAGGACACGGAGGCGCACGGCGAGCUGCUGGCGCUCAUCCGGGAGGUGCUGGGGGAGCGCCUCAUCCCCAACGAGCGAGCGAGCGCGCUGGCCAGCAUCAAGGACCUGCACAAGCGGGGCAGCGUGCUCGUGGCCUACGGGGACCGGGGCUGGCAGCAGCGAGAGCGCGCGGUGCUGUGGGCCGCGGUGCCGCAGCUGUGGGGCAACCAGCAGAGCCUGGAGGGCCUCGUCGAGUACCUGGACCGGCAGGUGCGCGCCAUGUACCGGGUGGAGCUGCACGCGCUCAUGGCCGAGCUCACCCCCACCGUGUUCGACAUUCUGCUCAACCUCGAGCGGUCCUCGCUGCGCCUCAUGGCGGACCAGGUCAACUGGAACAUCACGGCGCACGCCAGGGCGGGCUACUGGUUCAAGUUCGCCAACAUCGUCGCCGUGGACUUCGUGGAGGGCAGCGACCUGGUGGGCGCCGCCGUGGAGGCCAACCGCUGGCGCAGCGAGCACAAGCGGCGCCACAACGAGGCCAGCAGGUUCUCCGUCAGAUAUUGUGACGGUUCGUGUGAACAAACUCAGUCGGAGUUUAUCAAGCGACCCCGAAGAUGAGUUCUGCGGCUGUUUUCUAAGAGAUAAAAUUAACUAUUUUGAUAUAAAAGUGCAGUGCCAUAUCUUUCUCACUCAAGUAGUCCUUUCUCUCGGUUUCGCAUAUGACUUAAAUACCAUUUGUAAUAUAGCACACAAAUAUCAUAAUAAGAACGCAAAGCUACUCUAAUCCGUGUGAAGGUUUUCUGAUGUUAACACUGCAAAACAAUUUUGAUUUUUUUAACAACUUAGUGUUUUAAAUAAUAAAAAAAACGUGUUUGUGUCUCAUGCUUCUUUUUAUGUGAACGAGUAAUACAUAGUGAUUUCUUAAACAUUCAUAAGAGCCUGUCCGCCUGUCCUGAAUGGAAACGCUUCGCAGGUGGGAAAAGUAACGGGACUAGACGCGCUGCUGUGAUAAGAUUGUAAUUAAACAUUAAUUUCAAACAAG